AUGCCCCGCUCCUCAACCCAAUCCAAGCUCCUCCCGUCCAAAAUCCAAGAACACGCCAAAAAACUCCUCUAUAUUCACCUCACCCUCAGCCUCCUGUUCUCCUUCCUCGGGCUAAUCUUCACGGGCGUCCUUCACCCCGAAUCAACACCCCGCGAUACCCUCACUCGCUACCUGCACUUCGCAAGCCUCCUGCUCGGAGGCUUCACACUCAGCCGCGUCACCAUCAUCCCAGAAACCUCGGGUUGCUACCGCGACGACGAGAAACCCAUAGUAUAUUUCCCCCGUGCCCUAGGACUCGCCUUCACGCUCCUCUCAUCCGUGUUCGCAGCCGCAUGGCUCGCACUCUGCGUCCGCGUCGUUUCAGAAGAACUAUUGGAGUUCCCGGAGGAGUGGAAUACCUUCGUCAAAGUGAUUCAUGCCGUUUAUAUGGGCGGUGAGGCACUGGGUGCGUCGGUGCAGGCGUGGGCAUUUGGUGUCAUUGCGGUGUUGUUACAGGUGGUGGCGUACAGACCAGUCCGAGAACGUCAAGACAAGUCCGUCCAGAGCGGAGUUGGGAAGGAGGUGUAA